GGAGGGCGCUGAGGGGACCGGCGGCUGCCUCCCGCCGCCUGCCCCGCUCCUCGCCCCUCACGGCCCCGCAGCCCCUCGGCCGGCCGAGCUCCGCCCGCUCGCCGCCCCACCUCCAGCCCGGGUGCCGGCGGAGCUGAGGCAGCGGGCAGCCCCGCGGGCGGCCACGGCACGAUGAGCGCCGAGUGCAGCAGCUACCUUAACGCCGACAAGGUGCUGGUGAGCGGGUUCAGCUGCCCGCGGGCGGGCGGCGACGCUCGCGCCGUGUACUGCUGCGGCUUCCAGGACGUCAAGUAUUGCUGCGAUGAUCCCCACAGCUUCUUCCCCUACGAGCACAGCUACAUGUGGUGGCUCAGCGUUGGAGCGCUUGUGGGCCUGUCAAUAGCAGCAGUGGUCCUGUUUGCUUUUAUCAUCACUGUGUGUGUUCUCUGUUACUUGUUUAUCAGCACAAAGCCUCGCAGCAAGCUGGAUACAGGCUUACACUUACAGAUGGCAGACAGUGAGGCUAGAGGGAGUUCUAUAUGUUAAAAAAAAAUACAAGUACUGGAUGGAUGCUACCAGUGCUGUAUGGAAACAGGUACAGAGCUGCAUUUUUCACAAGGUCCCCACCAAAAUAAGCUGUUGGCAGAACCAACUGGAUUCAAGAGAUUUCCUCUGCCACAAGGGUGGACUGUGAUCCACAAGAACCUAACCAACUCUGAGUUGUUUCCUGGUUCCUACAACCACAGUUGAUAACCAGAGACCAACCUGAAGCUGUGCUGGGAUAUGUAUUUGUGUAUGGCUACUGUAAUGAGAAGUAUAUUUUGAUUUGCACAUGCCAGCUAUGGCUGCUAGUCAUUUUCAUGCAAGUUAUGUUGUCUUAUCCUGUGCAAUUCCAAUGUGAUAACAGUUAUUAGGCAGAGCAUAAUUUGGUACACCAUGUUGACCAAGCUUUGUUUUAAGCUGUUCCUGUGUGCCAUUUUAAUGUGGUGUCCUCACAUCAUUAAUAUGAUCGACUUAACCAAAUGUGAUGGCUUGGUGCACAAAAAUAUGUGAGUGCAGUACCUCAAUAAAAUCAGGCAUUUGCUUGUGUUGCAUUUUUCUUAAUUUAUCAUUUUUCCCCAACUUUCUUUCCUCAGAAAGUUAUCAUGGAUCUUAAAAUUAUUUUGAUGGGAAAAUUUCCCUACCAAAUGAAGUUAGUCAAAAAGUGCCAGUCAAAGAGCAGAAGGAAAAAUUACGAUUUUUGCCAGUUUAUUUUAGUUUUGCCAUCUGGUUUCCUUUGAGGAUUCCAGCCUUGAGAUUUACAUAGAAAUGAGAAAUGUAUUUUUCAUUUUUUCAUUUUAAAACACCAAUAAAAGAUUCUUUUAGAACAAAGAGGAUUCAAGUUUUUUAAACUUCAUACAAACUUGAACUGGUGAACCAGUAGUCUUCUAAUUCUUAAAUUGUGAAGUAAUAAGAUAUUUUGUGUUGCAGAUCAAAAUAUUUAUCUUUUUGUCUCCAGGGCAAUUUCUAAAUCUUUGAUUUCUCAUACGAUCAUCCCUCAGAUGCUCAGCUUUUUAUUCAUUUUGGGUGUUUUAAGAUACCAAAGUAACAAAUUGUAAAACCAGAAGGCCCAAAAAAACCCAACCUUCUAGUGUUUUUCUUACUUCUAAUGCCUGUUUUUUUCUGGUCUUGUCUUAGGAAAAUCAAUGUAUUAGCUAGUUAGUUUGUAAUUAAGGGUUUCUGAAUACCACAAAAAAUACCUCCCACCCUGGUUUCAUUAGGUGAUUCAGUGUGUUGCCCAUAACUGCUUUCAAACAUGUGCAAUCACAACAAAGGUGUCCCUGUGCUUAACAGACAUAAGGCUUAAUGUACUUGUUAGGCAUAGCCCUGUUCUUUUUGCCCUGGGAGCAUUUCAAGGAGCAUUUUAAGCUUGUUGUUUAAAUGACUGUAGCAAACUCAAGGCUAUUCUGUUACCAUAACACAUCAAUGCUAAUAAAAAGAACUUGCAAGAGUUGCUGUGAGCACUUUUUUCCCCUAAAAGUGAAGGAAUUUUGCUAAUCAUAAGGCCAAAAUAAAAAUGGGAGGAUGACUUGAUAUGCAAUAAUAUGCAAUAGGCCUCAGUGACUGUGGGGAAUAGAAAUUCUGCAUCAUCUC